ACAGAAAAUUCAAGAAAAAUGGCAACGGCAUACUCUUCAUCCUUCUCAUCAUUUCAGUACACAAAACCAUACCCCCCACCACCCACAUCAACCACCACUAAAGUAGUACUGCCGCCUGGUGGCAGCGGUGGCAGGUUCCAUUUAUCCAUUAAAGCUGUGAAAUCACCUGAGUCUGCCGACCCACCUCCUCCAGCCACCGCCGCACCAAAAGCCCCCAAGAAGCCUGUUUACUCCAUGAAAAAGGGCCAGAUUGUUAGAGUAGAAAAGGAAAAGUAUCUAAAUAGUAUCAAUUAUCUAUCCGUUGGACAUCCUCCUUAUUAUAAAGGCUUGGACUACAUUUAUGAAGACCGUGGGGAGGUUUUGGACAUCCGUAUCUUUGAAACAGGAGAGUAUGCACUUAUUGCAUGGAUUGGGGUCCCGACUGCACCAGCUUGGCUUCCAACGGACAUGCUAAUUAAGUCGGACAAGCUCGACUAUGAAAGAAUAUGAAUCAGAGGCGAGCACUUCAAAAAACAAGAUUUCAUUCAAAGUGGGUCCUACUAAACAAUUUGUAAUUUGACAAUGUAUCUUACCAUAUUAAUCGAACAAAGCAUAAAUUUAAGACAACGCUUGCAAUUA